AUGAGCCAUCGCACUGCGAAAGGUGACGAAGAUGCGCAGGACGCUGGUGAGGCUUCGGACUCCAAGGAGGGACGGAGCCCCCGGGGUCUGGGCAAAGUGAAGACGGCAGUGUUCCGCAAAGCCGGAGACCUGCGAGAGGGUCUCAGAAAUCGGUUGCAAGAGGAGCCGAAGGAAGAGGCCUUCUGGAUGUUGCCCUCAACCAGGGCCAACUAUGCAGAGCUCUCUGCACCAAAUUCCCACGAGGCCGUGAAUCGCAUGCGAUCCCUGGGUGGCAAGUUGAAGGGAAGCCUAGCGCGAAAAGGCCGGGAAGUGUCUUCUGGCGUAGUGAGCAUAGCGCAGGGCGUCCGUCAAAAGGGACAGUCCUUGAAGGAGGCAGUCGGCACAGGUCUCCCGGCUCCGCAGAAAAGUGAUUCGGAUGCUCUGGAUGAUGCAAACUUGGGUGACUCCAUCUUUGCCAUCGGCUCCGACGAGGAAGAUGCGUGGUCAGAUGGCGAUGACUUUUGGGACCGGCCGUCGGAUUCCGAGACGGCCGCCUCUGCUGCAGGCCCCUCUUUGGAGGGAUCCGAGGCCGCCCGCGAGGGCCCUGCAGAGGCAAGAGAGGUUUCUACGACUAGCGGAAACGACCUGUCGGGCUUCGAAGCCUCCUACUACAUUAGCACCAAGUUCUCAGAGCCUCCGAGCUUCGUGGGUCGAGGAAAGGCAGCACCUGCCAGGCGGGAGGAGGGGGAGGGCGGCUGCCGGGUCCCGAAGCAUCCCGCACACUCUCAACAACCUCUGCAGGGCGAGCACGCCGCGGACUCUGCCAAGUCGCGCAGGCUCGUGCUUCUUCUCAUCGUGGCUGCAUGGACUCACAGGCAGAAGCUGGGAGGGGCUACCAAAGACCUCUGCCACCGUCUCUUCGAUAUGGAACCUGUCGAGGCCGGCGUGUUGCUCUUCGCCGCCACAGCGAUCGCUAACAUUUUCUGCCUGCCUUCUUUCGGAUUGUGGAUUGGAGCCGGAGUCGUUUUUGCCCACAUCUUCAAAGGAAAGGUGUUGCAAGGAUGCAUUGCAGGUACUGCUGCAGUCUUCAGCGGCGUCUCGGUUGGUGGACUCAUCUCGUUUGCCAUCGGUCGUUUCCUCUUCCGAUCGUGUCUGAUCAGGAGGCUCCGGCACUUGGAAUGGGUAGAGGUGCUAGACGAGAUAGUCGAGCAGGAAGGCUGGAAGUUCGUACUCGUGGCCAGAAUGAGUCCGUUCCUGCCGCUGGAGGCACUCAACUACGCAUGUUCGCUGACCUCGCUCAGUGCAGCUGGAUUUGCCUUGGGAUGUCUGGGAUCCCUGCCUACGACUGCCUUCUGGGUUUGGACAGCUGCUUCCGCAGAAUCACUGCGGAUGUCCGAAGAGGCAGACGGUGCAGACGGCGAUCCAGUGAAGCAGGCGUACUCCCUGACUGACAAAGCCAUUAUCAUCGGCCUUUCGACCGUCAUGCUGUGUGUGCUGCUGAUUUUGCUUCGGUCAUCGAAAAAGAGGUACCAAGACAUGCUAGAGCGGCGCAUCCCUGCGGUUGCUUUUCGGCGAGUGGUCCGUUCUCAGGAGCAGCUGCAAGAGCCGCGACUGCCCGGAGACUUGGAAGGUGGUCAACGCGAGACUUACGAGCACGAGGUGCACCGGCUGCGAGCGAGCUCCAAUCCCCGCCUGUGGCGCGGUCUCCUGAGCCCCAGCAACUCGCCCGAGAGCUGA